CGUCCACGGCUUUCAUUCGAAAAGCAGCCAGCAACAGCAAAAGCAACGCCGGACGCACUCUAGAAUCGCUAUCAUCUGGAUUUAAGUUUAUCAAGUUUAAAAGUUCUUGCACCAACAUGACCAUCAAGGCAAUCAAGGCCCGUCAAAUCUACGACUCCCGUGGCAACCCCACCGUCGAGGUCGAUCUGACCACCGAGAAUGGUCUGUUCCGGGCCGCCGUUCCGUCUGGCGCCUCCACCGGUGUCCAUGAGGCACUGGAGCUGCGCGACAACGACAAGGCCAACUACCAUGGCAAAUCCGUGCUGAAGGCUGUGGCUCACGUCAACGAUACCCUCGGACCCGAGGUGAUCAAGGCCAAUCUGGAUGUGGUUGAUCAGGCUGCUGUCGACAACUUCAUGAUCAAGCUGGACGGCACCGAGAACAAGAGCAAGUUCGGCGCCAAUGCCAUUCUGGGCAUUUCCCUGGCCGUCGCCAAGGCCGGUGCCGCCAAGAAGAACGUGCCCCUGUACAAACACAUCGCCGAUCUGGCCGGCAACAAGGAGAUCAUCCUGCCCGUGCCCGCUUUCAACGUGAUCAACGGUGGCAGCCAUGCCGGCAACAAGCUUGCCAUGCAGGAGUUCAUGAUCCUGCCCACCGGCGCCACCACCUUCACCGAGGCCAUGAAGAUGGGCUCCGAGGUGUACCAUCACCUGAAGAACGUGAUCAAGGCCAAGUUCGGUCUGGAUGCCACCGCUGUCGGUGAUGAGGGUGGCUUUGCCCCCAACAUUCAGUCCAACAAGGAGGCUCUCGUCCUGAUCACCGAUGCCAUCGCCAAGGCUGGCUACACUGGCAAGAUUGAAAUCGGCAUGGAUGUUGCCGCCUCUGAGUUCUUCAAGGAUGGUCUGUACGAUCUGGACUUCAAGAACCCCGCGAGCGACAAGGCCCAGUGGCUGUCACCCGACAAGCUGGCCAAUCUGUACCAGGAGUUCAUCAAGGAGUUCCCCAUUACAUCCAUUGAGGACCCCUUCGAUCAGGAUCACUGGGAUGCCUGGACCAACCUGACCUGCAACACCAAGAUCCAGAUUGUCGGCGACGAUCUGACCGUGACCAACCCCAAGCGCAUUGCCACCGCUGUCGAGAAGGGUGCCUGCAACUGCCUGCUGCUGAAGGUAAACCAGAUCGGUACCGUCACCGAGUCCAUUGCCGCUCAUCUGCUGGCCAAGAAGAACGGCUGGGGCACCAUGGUCUCUCACCGUUCCGGCGAGACCGAGGAUUCGUUCAUCGGUGAUUUGGUUGUGGGUCUGUCGACCGGCCAGAUCAAGACCGGUGCUCCAUGCCGCUCGGAGCGUCUGGCCAAGUACAACCAGAUCUUGCGCAUUGAGGAGGAGAUCGGCUCCGGUGUCAAGUUCGCCGGCAAGAGCUUCAGGAAGCCCCAGUAAGCGUUGCUACUUCAAAAUUCCAACCACACCGAAUGCACCCGCUAAUCCAGAACGAGACCGCAUGGACUGGAUGAAGAUCAGCAGCAGCUGCAGGAGAAGACCCAUCCUGGGGUGGUGCUGAUAUUUGGUGUACGUGUUCGUCAACCCUUUUUGGAUUUUGUGUCUGGCGCACAAAAGGCAACAGAAACCGUUUGCUGUCUCUAUGCUUCGUUAUUAGACAUUAUUAUUAAUGUUAAAACAUGAUCUAAAUCAUUAUUUAUAUAAAACCAACAAACAAACAUCCCUAUGUAUCAGAUAUUCUGACAGCCGCCCCGCAACAUCUUGGCCAGCGUGGAUAUCCGUAUUUGUAGUCGUUGUAAUUCAUUUGAAAUUAUAUACACAUACACACGUACUCAAUCCCCACUCCUACCAUUACAGAGAACCCACAAAAUUAUUGUUGAGACAUAGAAUUAAGCAUAAAAUCGUUCAACUCAAAUAAAGCGAAUGCCCAGGUGUUCCAAUAGUCGAUCCCACAGAGAAAAAACAAUACACAAAACUGGAAGAAAAAUCACUACAAAAGUUUCAAUCAAUAAUAUAUACUCAAAAUCGUUAGUUCAUGUGAAAUAAAAAAA